AUGAAUGCUGUGCAGUCAACCCCAGCAAAAUGCAGCUCUCAAGGCAAACUAGCCAACGUAUUUCCCCACCCUAGUGAGCAGUAUCUCUCGGAACAUAACUACGAAACCUGUCGUGAUAUUCUGAAGGAUGAACGCUCUUUUCGUCGGAAGGGCCAUCUCAUGCAGCAUCUUCGGCAUGCUCAUCAUAUGCAUACACUCCCACUGAUCGAUGGUUGGCAUGUGUAA